ACUAACCAAAGCCCUUUUCCUACUACUAUCUUCUGCUUUCCUCUUUCUUUCCUUUGCCCGUCAAAAAGAGUUCAAGCUCAAUCUUUUACAGCUCUAUAACAUUUCUCUCUUUCUCUCUCCUCAAAUGUUUAGUUUCUCACUAGCUGAAAUCUCAUAAAUUUGUUCAUUUUUUGAUUCAAAGUUUUCUUCUUUUGCCCAUUUCUAGUUGGGUUUUGCUGAUUUUUGUCCCCAUAAAACAAAUUAAGGCUUAUAAUAUCUGGGUAUUUUUUCCUCAAAUUCUGUCCCUUUUUCUCCCAGGUGGGUUUUCUCUCUUAUCAGAGAAGAACAAAUCAUCCUUAUGGUGUCUAAGGCAUUAUGUAUCGUGAUUUUAGUACUAAUUUCUUAUUUGAUGCUAGCAGCAAGCAGCUCUAGUAUUCAUAAUCACAACCCUUUUAAUUCAAAUGGUUCAUAUCUCGAAUUACCCGAGCACAGCUUCAAUACUAAUGUCAAUACUGUAAUGUCUUCGGCUUCAGCUUCAGGCUGCAAUAGUCUGUCCACAUCUCUGAAUCACAGCAAUGGAGAAUCAGAAAAAAGGGUAGUUGUCAGUGAUGAGAAUGGUGAGGUGAAGGCAGAGAAAACUGAGAAGCAACCAUAUUUAGUGAAACUCCCUUUAAGACAUAGAACAGUUGGGAAAGAAGGGAGGAGGCAGUCAGUAAUUGAGUCUACAAUCAGAGACUUGAAUCGAAUUCAUACUUUCCGGCGCAGGAUUAAUGAGAAUAAGAACCAGAAAGCGAAUUCAAGGGUACAGAAUCAUAGGCAAUUACUGGAGGAACACCCAGCAGAAGAAGACCCUGAUUUAAAUGUGUUACAAGGACAUCUUGUAGGCAGUUUGAAAUCCGGGGUUAGUCUUGGUUCAGGGGAAUACUUCAUGGAUGUGUAUGUGGGUACUCCCCCUAAGCAUUUCUCUCUGAUAGUUGAUACUGGAAGUGAUCUUAAUUGGAUACAAUGUGUACCGUGCUACGAUUGUUUCGAGCAAAAUGGGCCUCACUAUGAUCCAAAGAAUUCGAAAUCGUUUAAAAAUAUUGGUUGCCAAGAUAGUCGGUGUGACCUUGUGAGCGCACCUGAUCCUCCAGUGUCUUGCAAGGGUCAAAACCAAAGUUGUCCAUACUUUUACUGGUAUGGUGAUAGUUCUAACACAACGGGAGAUUUUUCCCUCGAAACUUUCACUGUGAACUUGACUUCUCCAAAUGGGGAGUCCGAGUUUAAGAAGGUAGAUAAUGUAAUGUUCGGUUGUGGGCAUUGGAAUCGCGGUCUCUUCCAUGGAGCUGCAGGGUUGUUAGGACUUGGAAAAGGGCCACUGUCAUUCUCCUCUCAGUUGCAAUCUAUAUAUGGGCAUUCCUUUUCAUACUGUUUGGUAGACAGAAAUAGUGAUCCUACUGUUAGUAGCAAGCUGAUUUUUGGGGAGGACAAGGAUCUGUUGAACCACCCAGAAUUGAAAUUCACUAAGCUAGUAAAUGGUAAAGAUAAUCCAGUUGAUACCUUUUACUAUGUUGAGAUAAAAUCAAUCUCAGUUGGAGGAGAAAUGUUGAAAAUACCAAAGGAGAUGUGGGAUUUUAUGAAGGAUGGCGGGGGUGGAACUAUUAUUGAUUCAGGAACUACUCUUAGCUACUUUGUAGAACCGGCUUAUGAGGUCAUUAAAGCCGCGUUCAUGAAGAAUAUCAACAAGUAUCCAUUGGUGUCAGACUUUCCUAUCUUAAGUCCUUGCUACAAUGUAUCUGGGGUGGAGAAUAACAAGCUGGAUAUGCCCAGUUUCAAAAUACAGUUCAAUGAUGGAGCUGAGUGGAACUUUCCUGUUCAGAAUUAUUUCAUUCGGGUUGAUCAGGAGGUGGUGUGUUUGGCGAUGCUGGGCACCAAAAGAACUGCCUUUUCUAUCAUCGGAAACUAUCAGCAGCAGAAUUUUCACAUGUUGUACGACACAAAGCAAUCCAGGCUAGGAUAUGCACCUACAAAAUGUGCUGAUGUCUGACAGAAGAUUGCAGAGGAACAUACAUAGGAAUUUUUUCACACAUUUAUUCUUUUUCUUAGUGGAGUGUGGAGUAUGUUGUUUUUUCAAUCUUCUUUUUGUAGAUUUGGGUUGUUUCACUUUCAUUCAUUCAGGUUAGAUACACAGCAAAUAGUUCCCUUAAUUGCAAAGUUCAGCUAAUUAUACCAGACCUGUUUCAUUAAAUGUACAAAUCCCUUAAUGUUUCAGUUGAUUCAUGUACAUCAACUGUUUCCCUUUCA